AUGUAUUUGAAAGAAACCAAAGUCUCUUUAGCAGUUGGAACUGUCUCACUACUAACUAGCGUCCGAUUCUAUUUUUGUGAAGAGUCUCAUAUGUACAGAUACAUACAAACGUGGCUUCCCUUUAUAUCUUGUGUUCUACAUCUCAUGCCAUUUUUCCUUCCUUUCUUUAUUUCUAUGCCCUCCCGAUUGAGAAGAAUAUUUAAUGCGUCAAUGUACAUUAUUUCCUGCCUUCUCAGUCUUAUCGUAUGUGGUGUUUUUAUUUUCUGUAAAGAUUUUAAUGCUAAGUCUAUUAUAGCUGUCUUUGCUUACUUGGCAUUCUCUCUUUUUGAGUCUACUCUUUAUUUGGGCAAGUGGUACAACAGAAGCAAAAAACGAAGAGAACUAAGAAACAAGUCUUUAGUCAGAAGAAGAUACGGGUCUGGCGAUAUACGAAUGCCACCAAUUGGUGUAAGUACAGAAACAAAGCAUCUCCGAGCGAAAUCUGACUUUAUUUAUAAUGGAACUAUCUAUAUUCGAAAGGGCGAGACAGUCGAACUUUUAAAAGUUAUUGGGUCGUACUACUCUGUAAGAACAUCCACCGGCGUGGAAUAUAUCGUUCCAAAAGAAAACUUCUACUAG